AUGGCGAACGUGCAGGCAGUCACCGGGCAGAAGGGUGCGAUACAAAAAGAGCAAUUACGUUGGAGGCACUACGUUAGGGAGUAUCAGAAGGGAGGGGUAUCAGUCACAUUUUUCCUCCUUGGGAUUUUUCGCCGGGAGAAGUCUAGAGGUGCGUUAGUAGAAGUUUUGUUCCAUCAAGCAAUCGGCGGCGGCAGCGUGUCGAGGAGAGUAAAGAAUAGGGCGGACCGGGCUGAGCAUUCUACGCUGAUAGAUGUGUCAAAUCCGGAUCGUAUUGUGCGCGCGGAGAUAAAUGGAGCCCGGGUGAAGAAGCAAAACACGUGCCUUUGUUGCCGAUCUGCUCAUCGAAGGGAAAAGAUACUCUAUUUAUUAUCGAGCGAAGGGUGUCCCAAGCAACAUCGCGUGUUUGCAAUUCGUGUCCGCGCCUGUAACGUUCAGCGACGUGGUCCCGACGACGUCACGCCGCCAUGA